AUCCAAGAAGUAAUCAUCUAGUUUUUCAAAAUAUAUGUAAUCGGAUUACAAUAUUUUUGCAGGCAAUGUAAUUUCUUAGUUAGUUUUUUUAACCAGUUCUCCGCAACCCUGAAACCCUGGAAGUUCAAGGCCAACCGCGUUGAUAGUGAAUGGAAAAUUGUCAAUCUUCGUGGUGAAUCUUUGUGUAAAUAAAAAACGUUGUCACGUGAUUGAUGGCUUUGUCCAUUCAUAAACAGUCAUUGGAUUUCCUCUAUCUAAACCCCAGGGAAUAGGGAAGUAAUGUAAUUUAGACAUCCCCGGGGCUAUAUGUUUUUAUGUUAUCAAUGUGGUCACAGUGAUGACAACAUGAUUUACUCUAUAAUUGAUCUAUUGAUGUUUUGGUGCAGUAUUUGAUUUGAUUUGAAUGUCUAAAUAAUUUCUGGGGCCUCUCCUCCUCUCCAUCAGGMACUCCCAUGGCUCUGAAGUUCUUCCCCCGCCAGUCCACAYCCCUCUUCUCUUUCCUGCGUGAAUACAACCUCUCCCUUUCUUAUUGCRCUCAUCCCUCUCUCACCCGGGCCCUGGGUAUCUUCUUCUCCACCCCCUGCWACUACGUCUUCGCCCAGCAGGCUGGUCUCUAUGGAGACCUCUACAGUGUCAUCGUGUCAGAGGUGGGUGUAGAUGAAGAGUGUGUCCAGAGGGUGAUGUCUCAGCUGAGUGGUGCCGUCUCAUACCUCCACUCCAUGGGCUUCGCCCACCGGGACAUCAAACCAGAGAACAUCUUCCUGUGUGACCGCGCCUGUCGCUGGGUCAAACUGGGUGACUUCGGCCUGGCCCGCCCCACUGGCUGCACCGUCCGCGCCGUCUGGUACGACUCGCCCUUCUGCACGCCUGAGGUGGAGCAGGCCAAAGAAUCUGAGAAAGUGAGGGAGCAGAGAGAGGAGGAUGGAGAGGAGGAGGAGAACAUUUGGAUCACAGUGGAGACCACUAUAGACAGCUGGGCCCUGGGCGUGCUGGUCUACUGCCUGYUGACGGGAUGCUUUCCCUGGGAAGAGACAACCCACGACGACCCCGCCUACCGGAGGUACAAGGAGUGGUACGACCGCGAGACGGAGAGGGAGGAAAGGAGCGAGGGACUGAGAGGGGARRAGGAAGUAAUUUGGUGCGAAGRUGAAAGKGAAAAGRACAAUAUCYUGAKCCUGGAGAAGAAUCAGAAGUCRAACCCURUGGCCCCACAGUUUGAAGGCUUCAGCCCACUGGUGAUGUCUCUUUUCAGGGAGCUGCUUAACCCACAGCCCAGGCUUCGAGGAGGCCCUGACGAGAUCCUCAGCUACCUGGGUGGGCCYUGGUUGAUGGARACGGAGAGAGAGGAGAAGAGGAAAGCAGAGGAGGUAGAGAAGGAGGCCAGGAAAAUAAGAGAGGCAGGAACGGUGGAGGAAGGGAGGGAGAGGGAGGGAAGAGGGGAGAGAUAAAGUGUUUCAUACUAGACAGGUUCGAGAAUUUUUAAGAUGUACUGUACAUUUUCAAAGAGAAUAUUUGCUUUAUAGAGGUUGAUAUUCAGAAUAUUUUGCUGAACAUUUCUUACUCUGUGUUGAUAGAAUUGAGACUACUGUAUUUUGAUAUUGCUGUAUGUUUCACCUUGUAAUAGUUCUCUACAGUGUAAUGCAACUUAAUAUUAUUUGUGUGUGUGUGAGCGUGCAUGUGCCAUACCUGCCUGUGUAUGUGCAUGCUUGAACACGAUCGUGAGUGUGCAUGUGUGCUUAGGGCUAGGUAGCCUCUUAAGAGAAUACAUGAAUUAGUUCUCCUUCAACACACAGGCUGUAUUAUAAUGAUCACUCUAUGACACUUUAUGCUGUAAAAAUAGCUGAAUAAAUCAGUUUGUAUUUAUA